CAAGAGAAAAAAGAAGCGCCAGAGUCUGCGCAAAACGAACACGUCUAGUGGUCGCGCUGCUUGUGCUGUCACGAGCCUUGUCCAAGGCUACCGAGUAUCGAAUUGACAUAAAUUAUUGACGACAUCGAAUUCUCUUCGUUUAGCCGUCAGACACACGUCAUUCUUGGUAUAGAUACAUCGUGGAAAUACGAUUGUGUGCUGACUGAUCACGGUCAACUGGUGAUGUUUUCCAACAUUUGAUAUAGCUAGCUAGCCAGCUAACGUAGCUGUUUAGCUAGCUUGCCGUGCGUGACUCACUGACAGUCAAAGAUCAGACCGAGUCGCUAUUUUUUGGCAUUCUGCUUUUACUCUGAUACCUGUAUAUAUAACUUUAAUACAUUUAGCGGGUAAAUAUAGUUAGUUACAACUGAGUGUACUUUAACGGUCAUUUGGUCGUGAACGAAGGGAAGGUUUGAAUGAAUUUGCUAGCCAGCGGAAACGUCGGCUAGUUAACACGGAUACAUUUGGAGUAACCAAUACUGCUAGCCUGCUGAGUUGAUCCACGGCACGGUCAUCCAAACUAGCUAAUCUAUAUAGCUAGCAAAUGUGCUAGCAAGCUAUUAUAAACGUGCUGUCUUUGGUAAAACGCCAAGGAAAGAAACUGUUGAGUUGGUUAGCUUGCUAACUAGCUAGGAAACAAGGUAACAUACACUGUACUGAUAGCUGACCGUCGACAAUUCAUUUUCUACGAGAAAGGCCGGAGUGAGGACAGAGAAACGAGUAAAAAUGCCGGCUGUGUCGAAGGGAGAUGGGAUGCGCGGAUUAGCGGUGUUCAUUUCGGACAUACGGAAUUGCAAGAGCAAGGAGGCGGAGAUCAAGCGGAUCAAUAAGGAGCUGGCCAACAUCCGCUCCAAGUUCAAGGGGGACAAGGCACUGGAUGGCUAUAGUAAGAAGAAGUAUGUCUGCAAGCUGCUCUUCAUCUUCCUGCUGGGACAUGACAUUGAUUUUGGACACAUGGAGGCUGUCAACCUGCUCAGCUCCAACAAGUACACAGAGAAACAGAUCGGCUACUUGUUCAUCUCGGUGCUGGUGAACAGCAACAGCGAGCUGAUCCGCCUCAUCAACAACGCCAUCAAGAACGACCUGUCUAGCCGCAACCCCACCUUCAUGUGCCUGGCCCUGCACUGCAUCGCCAACGUGGGCAGCCGUGAGAUGGCAGAGGCCUUUGCUGGAGAGAUCCCACGCAUUCUGGUGGCCGGGGACACCAUGGACAGUGUGAAGCAGUCUGCUGCCCUGUGUCUUCUGCGUCUGUACAAGGCCUCCCCAGACCUGGUUCUGAUGGGGGAGUGGACAUCCCGAGUGGUGCACCUCCUCAACGACCAGCACAUGGGUGUUGUCACGGCAGCCAUCUCCCUCAUCACCUGUCUCAGCUCGAAGAACCCUGAUGAGUUCAAAACCUGUGUGUCCCUGGCUGUUUCUCGUCUGAGCAGGAUUGUGUCUUCAGCCUCCACUGACCUGCAGGACUACACCUACUACUUUGUCCCGGCCCCGUGGCUGUCCUGUAAACUGCUGCGCCUGCUGCAGUGCUACCCCCCACCAGAGGAUGGCGCCGUGAAGGGCCGCUUGGUGGAGUGUCUGGAGACCAUCCUGAACAAGGCCCAGGAACCACCCAAGUCCAAAAAGGUUCAGCACUCCAACGCCAAGAACGCCAUCCUGUUCGAGGCCAUCUCACUCAUCAUCCACUACGACAGUGAGCCCAACCUGCUGGUGCGUGCCUGUAACCAGCUGGGUCAGUUCCUGCAGCACAGAGAGACCAACCUGCGCUACCUGGCUCUGGAGAGCAUGUGUACCCUGGCCAGCUCCGAGUUCUCCCAUGAGGCCGUCAAGACUCACAUCGAGACCGUCAUCAACGCACUCAAGACUGAAAGGGAUGUGAGUGUUCGCCAGAGGGCUGCUGACCUGCUCUACGCCAUGUGUGACCGUAGCAACGCCAAGCAGAUAGUUGCAGAGAUGCUCAGCUACCUGGAGACAGCCGACUAUUCCAUCAGAGAGGAGAUGGUGUUGAAGGUGGCCAUCCUGGCAGAGAAGUAUGCGGUGGACUACUCAUGGUAUGUUGACACCAUCCUUAACCUCAUCCGCAUUGCCGGGGACUACGUCAGUGAGGAGGUGUGGUACCGCGUCAUCCAGAUUGUCAUCAACCGCGACGAUGUGCAGGGCUACGCCGCCAAGACCGUCUUCGAGGCUCUACAGGCCCCAGCCUGUCAUGAGAACAUGGUGAAGGUGGGGGGGUACAUCCUGGGAGAGUUUGGAAACCUCAUUGCCGGGGACCCCCGCUCCAGCCCUCUGGUCCAGUUCAACCUGCUUCACUCUAAGUUCCACCUGUGUUCGGUGCCCACGCGCGCCCUGCUGCUCUCCGCCUACAUCAAGUUCAUCAACCUGUUCCCCGAGACCAAGGCCACGAUCCAGGAGGUGCUUCGCUCCGACAGCCAGAUCAGGAACUCUGACGUGGAGCUGCAGCAAAGGGCCGUGGAGUACCUCAAGCUCUCCUCCAUCGCCAGCACCGACGUCCUGGCUACUGUGCUGGAGGAGAUGCCUCCCUUCCCAGAGAGGGAGUCAUCCAUCUUGGCCAAGCUGAAGAAGAAGAAGGGUCCUGGUGCCGUGUCGGUAGAGCUGGAGGACGGCAAGGAGAGAGGAGAGCUCAACGGUGGAGGGGACAGGGGGGGUGACGCUGCCAUCGCAGCCUCUAACGCUUCCACCCCAUCCCCUUCAGCAGAUUUGCUUGGCCUUCGUUCGGCCGCUCCCGUUAGUGGGGCCGCUCCCAGUGCAGGCAGCCUAUUGGUUGAUGUGUUUUCAGAGGCUGGGCCUGCUGCCUCCUCUUCCGGCGCGAACGACGACUGCUUCCUGAGCGCUCUUCACGCUCCCGAGGCCUCUGACUCCCCAUUGGUGGAGGGUCCUGGUGACUCGGACUCUGCUCCCCCUUCUGCGGCCUCUGAGGAUCCUGCCCCUCCUCUGCCCGAGUCAGACGAGCUUCUCAACAAAUUUGUGUGUAAGAACAACGGUGUGUUGUUCGAGAACCAGCUGCUUCAGAUCGGCAUCAAGUCUGAGUACCGCCAGAACCUGGGGAGGAUGUAUCUGUUCUAUGGCAAUAAGACCUCGGUGCAGUUUGUCAGCUUUAGCACCACAGUCAGCUGCCCAGGGGAGCUGCAGUCUCAGCUCAACGUGCAGACUAAAACAGUGGAACCCCUAGUGGAGGGAGGAGCACAGGUGCAGCAGGUCAUCAACAUCGAGUGUCUGACUGACUUUAUUGAUGCUCCGCUGCUCAACAUCAAGUUCAGGUAUGGGGGAGCCCUGCAGAACAUUUCUCUCAAGCUGCCUGUCACCAUCAACAAGUUCUUCCAACCCACAGAGAUGGCCGCCGCAGACUUCUUCCAGCGCUGGAAACAACUCAGCCAGCCCCAGCAAGAAGCACAAAAGAUCUUCAAGGCCAGCCAUGGCAUGGACACAGAAGUGCUCAAGGCCAAGUUGCUGGGCCUGGGGACAGCCCUGUUGGAGAAUGUGGAUCCUAACCCAGAGAACUAUGUGUGUGCCGGAGUCAUCCAGACCAAGGCCCAACAGGUCGGCUGCCUGCUGAGACUGGAACCCAAUGCGCAGGCCCAGCCUGGCGAGCAGAUGUACCGGCUGACUCUGCGCAGCAGCAAGGACACUGUCUCCCAGCGUGUCUGUGACCUCCUGGCAGAACAGUUCUAAAACCCUGAGUCUAGAACCCACCCAACGCGACCCAGGCAAUCAUCAUCAUCACGCUCUAGACACCCAACACACCGAGACUAGCGUUUCAACUCCCCCCACCCACUUCAUCCCCCCCCCCACUCCCGAUCCUGAGGUUGCCAAGAACAAAGAAUCAACGAGAAGGAAAAAUACCUACAUAAGAGGGGGGAGCAGUCGUUGCCACUUACACGACUGCCCAAUCAUUGACAUUUAUCAUUAUUGUCACAAUUAUAAUUCCGAUUCUUAUUAUUAUUACUGUUUAUUAUCAUCGGCGCUACAAUUCUUUUUUUCUUCUUCUGUGUUUACCUGUGAACGUAAGUGUAUGACUGUGUGUGUUUCAGAAUCGUGCUGGUGUGUGUGUCCUGUUUGGAUGACAGCUGGUGUGUGUCCGUGCGUGUGUGAUGCAUGGGGAAGGGUGGGAAAUUCUGUGCAUCGAUUCCGCGACAUUUCAACCUUAGACUAUUCCUAGGAGUUGCAUGGGAGGACCAGUUCUACAUACACACACACACGCAUUCAUGUGUAAUACACACCCAGAUACUCUCACAUGUAGGCACAUACAUGCGUAUAUUUGUACAUGCUUAAGUGUCUGUGUAAAUUAUCUGAAUAGGGUCCUCCUUUAGUGGGAGGGAGGGGUAAAACGAAAUCACUAAAGAAAUGGGACUCUUCUAAACCCCCACCUUCACCUUAACCCCAUCUCUUCUCCACCCUCUGCUGUCCCAGACCCCCACCGGUUAUUCAUCCCAAGGGCCUCUCGGUAUAAUCCCUGAGAUAUAAUAUUCCAUAAAAUAAUUCCGGCACAUUCCCAAGUCUACAGUUCCCGCUUUAUUCCAGUGGAAAUGGCCAGUGCACUUUAGGUGGUUCCAAGAGACCUCAGUCCAUCAAUACCCCUCACACUUACCCCAUCUUUCUGGCUUGUAACCAUACUUUAUAUAUAAACUCAAAUGAUUCUGUACCUGUUCGUGGAAUAUAUAUAUAUACUUUAUAUAUAUACUUAUAUAUAUAUAAAGUAUAAUGAAUUACCCCUUUUUAUCUUUUUUUUUAUUGUCUCAUCUUUCCUUUUAUUAGUAGUGGAGUUAUUGAAGUUUUUGUAUGUUUCUUUAAUGGUGUAAUGUUGUGUUGCUUCUGUGUGUGUGUGUGUGUGUGUGUGUGUGUGUGUGUGUGUGUGUGUGUGUGUGUGUGUGUGUGUGUGUGUGUGUGUGUGUGUGUGUGUGUGUGUGUGUGUGUGUGUGUGUGUGUGUGUGUGUGUGUGAAAGGUAGUGUGUACCCCGAGAAUAGGGUAAAGGGUCAGCUAAAAGGAGAGCGAGAUAGGAGAGUAGCAGGGUAGCUGGUCUUGUUUACAAUGUUAAUCAGUCAGCGAUGAGGUUGAUACUUGACUUAAACCUGUCAUAAAUCCUACUUACCACCACAGUCAGUAUGACAACAGAUAAGGAAUUAUAAGAUGACGUAAAAACUGUUUAUUUCAGAUUAGCAAUGUUUUGAGAGCUGACAUGGGGUGUUUUACGAUGGCUUAUGAAAUGUUUAUGUCGUGCAUAAGUAAGCAUUGGGCAAGCCCCAUUGAUGGGGAGUUAGAGGGCAGUGGGCCAGUCAGUGUUCACAUGAAGAGUGAAGCGGCAGAGCAGAGGCCUAGUAUUCGUUAUUUUUUAUUUUUCCGUGUUGAAAAAAGGGAUGGGAUUGGAGAGUAGAGUGCUGCUUGAUACUGGGAUUGACUGAAAAAGAGGAGUACCUCAGAACUUGAUCUCUAAACACGCACAGGCUUGUGCACACACACAUCACAAAUACUUAAACUUGUGGUAUUACUUACUUGGGAGAAGAUUGCAAUCUGCAGAUAGAUUGAUUCUAAUCUUUGAAAACACAACCAACAACAAAGGCACUAGACGGCACUUAUCUGUAAACUCACAUUUCAGACACACGCACCCACAUGUCCAUUCUUAGAGAUGAGAGGGAGGAGGAGAGAACUCAAAAGACCAACUGUCAAUCACAACUACCGGGAUCGAGUCAUCGGGGUGGGCAUUGCGUGUGUGUGUGUUUGAGUGUGUCGGUGUACCACGUGAUAAAAAUAUCCUAAAUUAUCUUUGAGACAUGGUCAUAUUAGUUUCAGCAGGAGUCACUUAUACGUCUAACCCAUGCAGCAUUGGUGGAACAGUCUGAUCAUUGUAGUGGAAACUGUAGAAUCAGUGUGUGUGUGUGUGUGUGUGUGUGUGUGUGUGUGUGUGUGUGUGUGUGUGUGUGUGUGUGUGUGUGUGUGUGUGUGUGUGUGUGUGUGUGUGUGUGUGUGUGUGUGUGUGUGUGUGUGUGUGUGUGUGUGUGUGUGUGUGUGUGUGUGUGUGCACGUCUAUGCAGUAUCCGCUAGCUAAUGCAGCCCCGUGUAUCGGUGUUAAACCUGUGAGAUACCUGUGUUAGAUUUAAGAUUUACUCUGUACUGAAUAAUGUGAAAGUAAAACUAUGCCAUAUACUCUA